GGCUCCAUCCUUGGCCACGUAUAUUAUUAUUACUACUUUUUUUUUUCUAUUAUAAAAUCAUGCAUAACUAACAAAUCCGCCCUGCAAAACACAUGUUUCAUGCACUAUGAAUGCCAAAUGAGAUGCAAAAUGCCAUGUUACAACUCAAUGGCGAUGCACGUGCAUAUUCAGGGCGGGUCUUAUACUUAAGCACAUAAAAAACAUAUAAAGCCGGAAACGGUAUUUAAAAAAAAGAAAGAAAGGAAAUAUGUAUAAGAGGUGGUCCUCGUCUGAAACGGAUUAUAUAUAUAUAUAUAUAUACAUAUAUAUUGAACAUCAAAAAACCCUAACAGCCACCAAAAAUGAAAAACAGAGAAAGAGACCAUCUGCUGCAUCUUUCGACCAUGCAAUCCCCGUUGGUAUCCUCCAGAUUUCUUCAGCAGCAAGGAGACAUUCCGGAACAAAUCGUCCUCGAAAUCCUCUCGCGUCUCCCGGUCCAGUCUCUACUGCGAUUUCGUUGUGUUUGCAAGGUAUGGAAAUCUCUGAUCUCCGAUCCUAAAUUCACUCUUUCGUCACGAAAGCACCAGAUAGCCAUUCAAUGUCGCUACUUAUACUCCAUCGACACCGGACAUGCUUUUUCGGGAACAAGAUCUCUAUUGAAGAGGGAUCCUCUUCCCAAACCCAUGCUUUUUUACGAUGACAAAAAAGCGUCAGAGCGGUUAAAGAUCUUUGGUUCAUGUAAUGGCUUGUUUCUCGUUAGCCAUUACGCGGAUUUCUACUUGUGGAACCCUUCCACAAGGCAAUCCACCAAAGUUCUCUCGCUCAAGACAAAGGGGUGGGCUAAGCACUUUUCUCUUAAUAAUGCGUAUCUGUCUGGACUUUGUUAUGACUCAUCCGCUGAUGAUUACAAGGCAGUAUUAGCCAUGGGGAAUAAAUUUGGAGAGGUCACUGUUGUUAGUUUCAAAAGAAAAUACUGGGCCACCAUGACUUCACACGCUCUCGACAAGGACAAAGGAUAUAUAUCGCUUCCUGGACCCAACGUGAAUGAAAAGUUGCACUGGGCAAUCACUAAACUUGGACAUGAUCGUGUCCAUUAUUCUGCCCGCUAUGGGAUUGUUUCUUUCGAUCCACUUACUGAUGAAUUUGAAGAAAUACCAAUGCCACUCACACCCAACAAUGGGACACCCAACAAUGGGGAAGGGGAGCCCAUUGUAAAGGGGUUGGGAGUUUUAGACGGAUGCCUUUGUAUGGGACGCUGUGUUACUCGUGGAAGUGGUGGUGAGGAAGUUGAACCCGGCUUUUUUGAGUUGUUAGUGAUGAAGGAAUACGGCGUAGGAGACUCAUGGACUAGGAUUUUUAACGUAUCCAAGAAUUUCAUGGUUUUGUCACGCGGCACUUUGGUGCCAUUGUGCUUUACAGGUGACAAGGAAGUUGUUAUUUCAGUGGCUCAUUUAGACAGAUUAUGUGCAUACAAUCUUGAGGACAUGUCACAAAGAGAUAUUUUUGUCCCAACAAAAGGUGAUCAUAUAACCUAUCAAACUUCCUACAUGGAGAGUUUGGUUUCACCCGACGCCUAUGGCCAUGAGGAAGAUUGGAUUGUGGAAAGGCCAGAUUUAUUGAAAACGAGGCUUCAAGAAAUCAGGCUCAAUUGAUCUCUCUUCCACUAAAGAUAUAACAAAAAGUGCUGCAGUAGAGAAUCAGGGCUACAAGCAAACUAAUACACAGGAGAUCUGGAGGUGGAAGAUUGCAUAUACGGGUGUUCAAUUUUUCUCUACAGUAGGCUAUUCUAGUUUGCCAAUCCAUUCUCCAUAACCGGAUGGAUAAUUAUUAGGAAGAUUUGCAAAAAAUAAACGGUCACGUGGUAAGUUUCCCUUCAGAGGCUUUUUUUUUUCCCGAUCGUAGUUUUUUUUUUUUCUAGUCGUAGUUAAAUUAUGAAGGAUGUCGACCCUGUUUCUAUGGCAAUUUUGUGGCAUUCUCUUGAAUACUUUGAGAAACCCAUCUAUAUUUUCCCUUUGUAUUUAGUUUUGUUUCAUGCUUUAAAUUUUUUGUUUAGCCAUGUCUCUGGCAAGAUGCUCUGUGUUUCAUUUUUGGGUUUUGCUGAGUCUUAUAAAACCUGUGUGUUUCAUCCUCUAUCCAUUGAAGAUCUGUUACUAUGGUCAUAAACGAACCAAACAAACCGAAGAGUGAAUUGUUUAAGUUUUGUUGGAAAUCUCAACCAUUUCAAAAAUAUGUUCAAGUUUGGCUUAGUUAUCAAUAGAGAUCAUCUUAAACGAGAUUUAUUUGAGCCGAUCACUAGUCAAUCUCAAGUAGUAUUGAUUUAUUACGCAUGCAUGAUAAGCAUAACAAUCUUGCUCUGAAAGUAUACAUGUUUUAAAAAAAAAAUUUAAGUUCAGUUUGUUUAGGUUACACAAUGAUCUCAACCGAACUUUUAACGGGUCACUAGUCAAUCUCGAGUAGUAUUGACUUAUUUCGCAUCAUAAGCAUAACAAGCUUGCUCUGGAAGUAUUCAAGCUUAAAAAAAAUGUUCAAGUUCACUUUGUUUAGGUAACACAACGAUCUCAACCGAACUUUUAACGGGUCACUAGUCAAUCUCGAGUAGUAUUGACUUAUUACGCAUCAUAAGCAUAACAAGCUUUCUCUGCACUACAACAAAUUCCGCUUUUAAUAGCAAAAGUUUAUAGCGUUUUAUUUUAAAUGCUAUUGUAGAGAGGAAAUUAUAGCGUUCAGCCAUUAGGUUUAAAGGAAACACUCGCGCCCUAAUUUAUUAUAGGGUUCCAGAAGUCUUCAAUAGCGUUCCACUCUUUUCCAAAAUGAAAAACAGCGUUCCACACUUCCACCAAAAUUAUAAGCGCCAAACGUUGCCCCCAAAAUCGCACUCUGCCCUUCCUGAAAAUUUCAAUCGGUUCCACCAAAACUAUAGGCGCCAUAUCUGCCAAUUGUUUCGUUCGAGUUGCUACAAGAUUUCUGUGCGAACUGGUGAUGGUUUCUAAUGUAUCGAUCUUUUAGGUAUUCUAUGGUUUUAAUCGAGAGGAACAGGUUUGUCCCUUAUUCUCUAUUUCUCUUAAUUUCCGACCGAUUAACAUCUGUUUCUUACUAAUCGCCUCAUCUUCUUCAUACUUCUGCUUCCUCAUUCCAUAGUCAAGGAGAAUCAAACCAAUAUUCGGUAAUAUUGCAUCAGUUGAAGCAAGCAUUCAUUGCUCGGAGAGUCCUUACCAGAAGAUAUAUAUGGGCUCUACUAGACUUAUGCCCAAUCAAAGAGCCACUGAUCAAUGAAGUGAUUGUCAAAGUUAGAAUAUCCAAGAUUGAUUUGCUAUAGAUGCAACAGAUGCACAAGCUCACACAAGAAUCAGUUUGUGGAUGGAUGGCGUGAGUUGCGCUGCAAACAAACGCCAACACCAAAUUAGGACAUGCCCGGCCCCGAAGUACUGUCAGGGAAUCAAGAAGAUUGCAUCAAUUUCACGAGCUUGGCUUUGGGAGGAAAGAGAGACCAAAUUGCUCGAAGAUUGCAUCAAUUUCAACAAGCUUGCAACAUAGGAAAUUUUCAAGUAAUAUGUUGGUUAGCUUGUUUGUGGCUACCUUUGGUAACAUUGAACACCUGGGUACUAUAUGAAUCCGUUGUAAUUCUUGCAACCCUUUCAUGUAAUUUGUGUUUUCGAAUUGUUUCGAAAGCUGGUGUAAUGAAUACUUGCCCGAUUGAAUGAAUUUGGUUAAUUACAUUGGCAACAUUGAAGUUUUAGAUUA